UAUGUUUGGGCACUCACCAACCCGAACCAGUGCGCAGGCGCGGGAAAGUUGUCCUAAGAAAGGAAACUUUAUACAAGUUCAGAGGAGGAGGAGGAGGAGGUGGUGGCGGCGGCGGGGGCCCAGGAUCAGGUGCCCCCAUGGCGGGCUCGGAAGAGCUGGGGCUCCGGGAGGACACGCUGAGGGUCCUAGCUGCCUUCCUUAGGCAGGGUGAGGCUGUGGGGUCCCCCAUUCCGACCCUACCCAGGAGCCCUGCCCAGGAGGAGCCAACAGACUUCCUGAGCCGCCUUCGAAGAUGUCUUCCCUGCUCCCUGAGGCGAGGAGCCGUUCCCCCUGAGUCCUCUCGGCCUUGCUCCCUGCCACUCCGGCCCUGCUAUGGUUCAGAGCCUGGCCCUGCUACCCCAGAUUUCUAUGCCCUGGUGGCCCAGCGGCUGGAACAGCUGGUGCAAGAGCAACUGAGAUCCCCACCUAGUCCAGAAUUACAGGGUCCCGCACCCACAGAGAAGGAAGCCCUGCUGCGAAAACUGGUCGCCUUGCUGGAAGAGGAGGCAGAAGUCAUCAACCAGAAGCUGGCUUCAGACCCAGCCUUACAGCGCAAACUGGCGCGCCUCUCUGCCAGUUCCUUCAGCCGCCUAGUGGAACUCUUCUCUAGCCGAGAGGUCAGCCCUCGCCCAAGCCAAGCAUUGCCGUGCCCUGGGCCUCCGCCACCUUCCCCGGAACCCCUGGCCCGCCUGGCCCUGGCCAUGGAGCUGAGCCGGCGCGUGGCUGGGCUGGGGGGCACCUUGGCCGGACUCAGUGUAGAGCAUGUGCACAGCUUCACGCCCUGGAUCCAGGCCCAUGGGGGCUGGGUGAGCCGCCACAGCCUCUCUGGGCUUCUCUUUACCUAAUUGUCAUUGAGGGCAUCUUGGCAGUUUCACCCGUGGACUUGAACUUACCCUUGGACUGAGCUCUCCCUCAGAAGUUGCUGCAAGAUCAGACCUCAUGUCCCUGCACCCUCUUUCCAAGCCUUCCUAUUCUACUCAGGGCUGUGGGGUGGUGCCUGCCCUGUUUUUUUGCCAAAAAAAAAAAACACACAACUGUUUAAAAUGUUUUCACAUUAAAAACUUUUUCAAGUA